GCAGAAGAGUUGCAGACACUCGACCGUCUAGACUACAGAAAUUCGGGAGUACCGUGACUGCGAAAGAUUACAUUCCAGUUUGUAUUAAAGGGGAAGGAUGGCGUUGCCGUCGGUUUCGAUGCACCCUGAGUACCUGCGCACCCUGACCAACGUCCUCGGCAGCCUGAGUCGCGCCGUCUGGCACCGUUCCAAAGGCGCAAUGGGACUCUUCGGCAGCGGAAAAUGCACCUCAAAAGACACCCUUGAGGGCAAAACCGCCCUUAUUACUGGAGCUAACACUGGCAUUGGAUACGAGACGGCCAAAGACUUUUUGAAAAGAGGUGCCCGAGUGAUUAUGGCGUGCAGAAACAUCCAGCUCGCCGAAAGUGCAGCUGACGAACUGCGAAAGGAAGUACCUGGCGGCGACAUCCGCGUGGUGCAACUCAAUUUGGCGUCACUAAAGUCUGUGAAGGAGUGCGCCGAUGUCCUUCUCCAAACUGAGCAGAAGAUCCAUCUCCUGGUCAACAAUGCUGGGGUCAUGGCAUGCCCUUACUCCAAAACCGAGGAUGGACUUGAGAUGCAGUUUCAAACUAAUCACCUAGGCCACUUUUUGCUGACAAACCUGCUGCUCCCGACAGUAAAAAACAGCGCUCCCUCACGGAUAAUCAAUCUUUCCAGCGCAGCUCACCUUGGGGGCAAAGUGAACUUUGAAGACCUGCAGUCGACCCGGUCGUACAACUCGGUGCUCGCCUACAACCAGAGCAAAUUGUGCAACGUUCUCUUCACCCUGGAGUUGCAGGAGCGACUCAAGGACACCGGCGUUGUUUCUUACGCCGUGCACCCUGGCGUGGUCGCCACCGAGCUCGGUCGGCACCUGCCCUGCGGCUGCUCCUGGGCCUUCCAGAGGUUCGGGUGGGUUCUGAAGACGCCCCUCCAGGGAGCUCAGACCACACUCCACUGCGCGCUCGAUGAGAAACUUGCCACGCAGAAUGGGCUUUACUUCAGUGAUUGCAGCCCAGGGCGGACCUCUGAAAGAGCAAGAAACAAAGAGGACGCGAAAAAACUGUGGGAAGUCAGUGAAGAACUGUUAAAGGAUUACCUAUGAGAUUGAAUUGCUUAAAUUACUAUUGUUAAAAUAAUUAUUUAUGUUUUAAUUUUUAAACUAUUUUGUAUUUUGUCAUUUGUAAAUAAUUAAAUACAAGACCAUGAAUUUAUUGAAUAA